AUGGACCAAUCCAUGGACCCAGUCUUCAAGGCCGUGAAGUGGUCUGAAGAUGAUGUUCAGCAACAUCAUAACGAGAAGAAACUAUUCCUGGAGACUCAAAGUCAUGACAAGGUCACCCGUUGGAUGAGAAACGACCUACAGUACGGGGUUCUCUACUGUGACCAUUUACCAGAAAUCUCCAGUGUCGUACGCCCAGUUGACAAAUCCAGCAGCUGCAUGGAUAUGCUGCCGUGGUGGAAUCCAGAUUUUGAAUCCACCACUACUCUUGCAAGUACGGGUAGAAUCUCCCCAGUCCCUCAGAUGAAAGCCGUCAUGCCGUCUGGAGAAAAACACACCGCUGGCAUUGAAUGUGAGAAGUCAUUUCACGACUCACUUACCAAAGCUGGAGGGCGCCCUUGGUAUUCUCGCGAGCUCAUAGACCAAGUUGCGAAGGAUCCAGCAAAUUACACCGAACUGCUUGAGUACUGGAAACAAGACCCGAGUGGACCACAGAAGGAAGAAUGGAUGUUGUUCGAACGCCAAUUGGAAAGGUGGAACCAGUUUCGUCGUUAUCAGCUAAGAGUAAGGCGGAACUCGGACACUUUCGAAGAAUACCGAGUGCGAUGCACCAAGUGCCUUUCUGAUCACUCGAUCAAAACGCCACUUCAUAUAAAGCAAGAUUCGACUGAUCAGGAUCCGCUAUCACAGUGGCUCGAGUAUUUGUGCUUCGAACUCUCAGAAUGCGAAACAUAUUCGUGGUAUAAACGGUAUCACCAACAAUACAAAAGCGCCUGGCAGACCCUUAACGACUCCAAGGUGUUGAGGUCGCAUGAAACCCGGGAUCAAAUCGAAGACGAUGAGUACAUGUCCGCAGACGACCACAAGAGGGAAAAUCUGAGACAGGCUGUCGAGGUGGGCAGCUCAAAUAUCUUGUUAGCCGAACGGGACCUCCUGAAUCCAUCGAUGAAGAGACCUUUAGCUCAACGGAAACUGUUCGAGGCACAGGCCGAACUCGACUCUGCAAUCAAAGCGUUCGAUCUCUUCCAGCACCGAAAGGACAUGAUCAAGGAAUAUAAGAGGACUACAAAUACAUACCGAGAGGCAAGAAGGGGAGCCCGACGACAUCAAAUACUUCUGCGAUGGGUGUGGCAACAGAUGCUCUUGAUCGAAAAGGAGUUGGGGCUGCCAUGUUCAACAGAGCACCCGAUCUUUGAUGAUGAUGUGCUCACGGAGACCGACAACAAUGAGAGUGGUAAACGGAAUUUGUACUCGGGCCCCUCUCCUGCCGAGUUGGUAGACAUACCUGUCAGAUUAUACCGGAACGAAAGCAAAAAGCGUUCGCGCCUCGACAGUAUCCCGGCUGAAGCUACCCGAAAUAACGACAACUUGCCCCCAAAAAGGUCAAGACAUGGUGUCCACAAUGGCCCCGAAGUGAGACAAUGA